AUUCGAGUUCUCGUUGCAAAGCUGAGAGCUACUGUGCAAAUACUAGCUGUCACUGUGCUCUGUGUUUUUAUCCGGAACAGUGUCAAGUCUCAGUUGCUGCUUUACAUGUCAAAGCGAGCGCCCUUUAGGCGAAAGGCAGCUUUGGACUGUCAAAAUACCAAUGUAGUCUAGCUUGAUUUCCUGAAUGGAAGGUAGAAAACAAAGGAAAGAUUGUUCGCUACGAACACCAAGAUGAUUCUAUGAAUUUUACGAACUUUCGCUACGAACGCAAAGAGGAUUUCGUUAGCUUUACGGACAGCACAAGGAACGAACCAACCGUGUUCAAAGGGCUUCGGGAGUGGAGGAUGCAGAGUUUUGAAUGUUCCCGGUGGAUGCCUUGUAAAUCUGCGUUGCUGACUUUUCUGAUCACCGUUACUUCUACGUGUCUGGUGUUGUUUAACCUCUUCGGUGGCAAGUACUCACCCUGUAGUGAAAGUGAUGGAGCAUUUUCUCUUUUCGCAGUCACAGACCUUCCAGAAGUGCGGAACUUGAGUCUUGCAGCAACUACCGACAACUCCUUCACUGCAACAUGGGAACGACCGGAAGGCAACUUCGACUAUUAUGUUAUUUACAUUUCAAAAAACAAUGAUGACAGUGAGGAGAACGCUCACGGCAACGCAGCAGGAUCCUGCGCCAACGGAACCAUUAUUCACCGUGACCGGACGCAGUUGACCUGUGAGCGUCUUGAGACUUGUUCAACCGUGACAGUCGACGUGCGCACGCACAGCAUGGGACCACCUGAGCAAACUUCAAAAGGAGUUACACUGCGUGACGUUUUUACUGCAGGUGACGGCCAGGUUCCACCAGUCGACAUUACCAUGGUCUCACUCUCAGCGACUGAAACACUAAUUCACUGGCAGCCUCCUCCGAAAAUCUUUGGUGUUCUCACUGGAUAUACCGUACAGACUUGCCACACCUUUGCACUCUGUGACGCCGAUGAGAACGUGAGAGGUUGCAUCGGGCACCACACUUCCGAAACAUCACUGAAGAUUCAAACCACUGCUGACACUCCCUACUGCAUAUUAGUAUUCGCCACUGUGCGUUGUGGUAUUGACACAAUUAGCAGCCUUCCCGCUGCUCAGCAAAUAAGGACACCAAUGUACGGUUAGCACUUAAAUUUUCUUGUCCUGGACGUGUGAUGAGAAUAUUUCUUCAAUGACUUUGCCACAUAAAUUCUGUAGAUUUUAAACCGAAAGGGGGCAGUGCAGCCAAACUGAAAAUAAUAUUUUUUCAUAAACA